CUCUGGUUGGCUAAGGUCUAAGGAGGUUGUGUUACUGUAUUAAAGCUGAAGAAAGAUCAUCUUUUGGCAGAGAAGAAAGUCUCCCCAAACAGAGGAUGCCGACUCCCUUCUUACAUUUUGGAUGCAAUGAGUGGUGAUGUCCACAGGAUUCCCGUUGUAUCUAGAGGAGACUUGCAAACGAGUGACUGCAACCACAGGUGAUGCCAUGGACGUCUCCUCCCCACCCCAAUUUCCUGACACCUUUCCUAGCAACUGACCUAUUCCUGCACUGCUAAGAAGAGGGAAGUUUUACUACCACAGAUAGAAAGUGCAGUGUCUGCCCUCCCCUCCACCCUCACUCGUUCUCCUACAUGGCUACGCUCAGGAGCAUUCUCUAAGUACAUGACUCUCAGAGAAGCCAAGCUAUAAAUAGAACAGCUGCUUCUGGCGAUUUCCAAGUACCGACUAUUUCCUUAGUUCCUUGAGGAAGUUAUUUCAGAAGCCCGGAAGAUUGUGGAUUCUUUAUCAGACGCUCAGAUGGACUCCAAAUCACAGAAAUAUAUUGUAUCCUUAGUCUCUAAGCCCCUGGCAGCUUUCAUCAUUCUGGCUAAUGUUUUCAUUAUAUUUGGGAUUCUCUUCAAUCGCAAACUCCAUGGAACCAUCAACUGGUUCUUCCUGAGUCUGCUCAUUGCUGACCUCUUGGCUGGGGGAGCUCUUUCCCAUGUCCCCAAGAUGUCGUUUGAGGAGGCUAAUCUGAACUACUAUCAGUGCUUAGCACGUUAUGCUGUGCCCAAUUUCCUUUUCCUCUCUUUUUUAGCCAAUCUGCUGGUGAUGCACUAUGCUAAAUAUACAUGCAUCAACCAACCACUGCACUACCACCAGUCCUGGGUUUAUCGCUGGGCUGGUCUUUACAUAUGCUUAGCAUGGGUGUCUCCCUUGACUUUUGCCUCCAUGCCAUUGGCUUGGAGCUCUCAAUGGAAGCCUAAUGAGAACUGUUCUGCUGAGCAGGUCUUAUACCAGCCUUACCUCUAUGUAGAAACCUAUGUGUUCAUCAUACCAAUCAUCUUUGCAAUAGCUGUAAUGGGUAUCCGAGUGCUCUGCAUAGCCCGAAAGCAGCUUAAAAACAUUAAAAAAAUGCUUAAUUCAGUGAAUCAAAGUCAGACCCCAUCAGAAUUGGAACAACAACUGGACUUGAGGCAUGCAAAGAGUAUCGCCAGUGUAUCUCUCAUUUUCCUGGUCUGCUGGGUGCCAUAUAUUGUUUGUUUGAAUAUAUCACUGCAUUUAGAAAUAAAGGGUAGUAUUCCUCUUGCUAUCGUUAUCUGCAUAGGCACUGCCAGUGCUGCUGUAAUACCCAUCAUCCUCAGUUUUGGCAAUCGUCAAUACACCGAAUUUUGGAGCAACAUGGCCAUGAAAACCUAUACAACCUGCUGCCGAAGACAGGGGGGCAAACAAAAACAAAAUAAUCAGCCCCAUGGCAAUAACACAGCAACUCCUACAAUUCCAGACUGAUGCUUUCCAGUGGGAAGUCAUCAAAUUCCUCACCCACCCAUUAAGCAGCACAAAUGCUUCAAUCUUCUCCCUUCAGCUUGGAAUGAAAUUGGACUGUUUGCUUCCAGUCAUGGUUUCUCAUAACCCAGGUCAGAAUUCUGCUGUUUGUUGGGGAUCUAAUGCCAUUCAAAAGUUCAGCUAAAUGUAAAAUGGGUGAAGAAAGAGAAAGGACUUUUCUUUUUCUCUUUCUUGCUGGCAGGCCUGAGAACACAAAGAAGGUUGGACUGCCUUGAAAAUACGUUGACUUUGAUUUGUUAUUAAAAAAAAAUGGAGAAGUUGAAAAACAAUGAACAGUUGGGAAUAGAUUCUCCUACACAGCUCUAUUGAAAUCCCCUCUUCCUGAAUCCCUGCCUUCUAGACCUGCUGCUUACGUUAACCCCCUUUCUCCUGACAUGGAAGGAAGUCCCUGGUUCUCCAUUAUAAGAAUGUCAGAAUAGAAGAUAACAUCUGAAUUUCAGCAGCCUUAGCUAUAAUUCUUGUUCCUUAAAUUCCUUGCAGUGCAAUCUAAGGAUAUUGGGAAGCCAUUGGGACAUUUGUAUAUCAAGUAGGCUGAGUUUACAAUGAACCAUAGGUUCAUAUGAAUAUGUGAAAUGGGAUCAUAAGCAGAUCAAACCAAAUCCAAACACUGACCACAUUCUAAAAUCAAAUCCGUACAAUGUAAGAUCAUCUCUGUGGAAAAGAUCUAGAUUCAUUCAUUAUGAAGGCAUGGAAAGUACGUUAAGUAAAUCUUCCAUUUCCCAUUAUCUUGGUCUUGGCUGUCCCUCACAACAACCCCAUGAAAUAGACAGGGCCCAAUUAUUCACAUGUUUAAAGAUGAGGAAAACCACACUGAGGCACACUCCCAUUUUCCUAGUAUUCUCAACAUCAUCAAUAACACAUGGCCCCCACUGUAGAAGAGAUUGAAUUGUUUAGGUCUAUAGUUGAUACUGGACUGGAGACUGUAAGGACCGAAACAGGUGAAUGUUGCUAAUGCUGUUUCAGCAAAUCUGAACUCUUGGACCAAUCCUGAGCAGGAAACCCAACUCAAGGCUGGGAAGAGAAUGGAAAAAUGUUCACUGACUGAAAAUACUAAGAUAAAAAGCUUAAGAAUGUAUACCUUAUAAAUCUUAAUACUGUAUGCUAGGCUCCUUUGAUGUGUCCUGCCAUAAUUAACUCUUCUGUGUAAAUACCAGUUCUUGUUUGCAAUAAAUUUUUUUUAAAAAACUGUCUUAAAUCAA